ACCAAAAAAACGGCUCUACCAAUAUCCUUCCCUUCACCAUAUAAAUUAGCUAAGCUACCUUAGCUUGAUUCAUCUUUCUACACCUAAUUACAAACCCUAGACACGUACGUAAAUACAUAUACACAAUGAAGAAACAAAGCCGUGAUUUCGUGCUGUUGCUGCUUCUCAUGUUGCUGUCGCCGUUGUUGGUGGCCGGAAUUCGACCACCAGCCGAUUCGGCAUCACAGCCGCCGCCACCACCAACAUCAUCGCCCGACCUCGCCGCCGCCCUGCCGAGAUGCUUCAAGAAUUGCCUCAACCGAUGCAACGACUCCCUUCCGUCGCCGCCGCCGUCGGACGAUGAUGACGAGUGCAUCAACCGAUGCUUCAACGAAUGCAGUACUACUCCUCCUCCUCCGACUCAGCAAUGCGGGACGUUGGACAGAAGGACCAUUCGCUUUUUGGUUGCCGCCGCCAUUGUCAACAUUGUCUACGAAGCAGUUUUUGGCUGUUUCUAUCUAUGCAAAUGCUGUAUCAAGAUUUAUUCAUUAGAUUGAUAUAUGUUACUUUUUUUUUUAAUUAGUUACCUCAUCUCUAUCCAAUCCCCAAGUACUUACAAUAAGUACACAAUAACGAAAACAAAGCUAGUCACAUGCUAAACCUACCAUAAUCCAACCACUUAUAUAUAGAGGUUCUCCGCCAGAACACAAAAAAAUUAGAUUAUUUGUCGAGGAUACAAAUUUAAACUCUACCCUAAUAAUCGGCUGACAAAAAGACAUAUAUAUUUUUUUUUAAUUAUACACGAGACUAUUAGCUUUUUUGUUUUAUUAUAAAGGUUAAGUGUUUUAUUCAAAAUCAAAUUCUUUUUAAUUAGUCAACGGUUUAUAGACUAGACAAUUUAGGAUUAGCCAUUUUUUGUUAUAAAGGUUAAGUAUUUUAUUCAAUAUCAAAUUCUUUUUAAUUAUCACUUGAUUUUUAGGGGUUUUAGUGACCGAAUUGAAAAUUGCUUCUUUCUGCUUGGCAUACAUCUUUCUCCUAUUAAAUUUAAUGGAAUAGUUGUUUCAUUUUAAAUUAAAAAUAAUUUUUCAUUUGAAAUUUAGAUUAAUUGUUCUCUUCAAAAUGAUAUUCACUUUAAUAUAUUUUGGACAAAAAAUAUUUUCUACACCAUGGCGGUAAUACUUAUAAUUACAUAAAAUUAUAUCAUUGUGAUAUGGAAGUGUAUGAUGGUGGUAUAAAUAGAUUUUAGUGUAGAAUUGUUGUAUAUGUGAUACUAGAAAUAUAUUAAUCAGCAUUUAUCACCUUUCACUAUCAUCUUCCAUCACUUACCACCUUAUAAAGGGUGGUAUAUAACUAUAUAUUUGGUCCAAUAAAGUUUUUUUCAUAAUUUUGUAGAUCACAAUAGAUCAUGAUGAACCCGUUCUUUCUGUGAAAACUUUUUCAAGAUUUGAAUCAAAUUGAAGGUGGUGAUUAAUGUUGUGAAAAAGUCUAAAAAAUAUAAUUUUGGAAGUCACAAUGAACUCGUCUUAUAUGUGUAAAAAAACUUACAAUCCCAGUUAAAAACAAAGAAGAUACAAAUCGGUUAAAAAAGUAAAAUAAAGAAUUUGAACUUAAUUCAACAUCAAACUCAUUUAUUAAAAUAAGGUAAACCAUAAGAGAGUACACAAGAGGAAUGAGCAAAUAUGGGACAAUGUUCAAGACAUCCCAGUUAAAAACAAAGAAGAUACAAAUCGGUUAAAAAAGUAAAAUAAAGAAUUUGAACUUAAUUCAACAUCAAACUCAUUUAUUAAAAUAAGGUAAACCAUAAGAGAGUACACAAUUUUGAAGAUAAGAGGAAUGAGCAAAUAUGGGACAAUGUUCAAGACUUGGACGACGUAAUUUUUACUUGCAGGGAAAUGAUAUUUCAUAUUUAGAAAUAUUUUAUCAUUAAAUUUUUGCAUGAGAAUUUUUAUACUUUCUUCUAUAUAUAUUCUUUUCUUAUGUUUCUAAUAAUUGAAUAAUUUUUUGAUUAUUUUUUAAUACCAAAUGUAUCUUGCUUCCAACAAUACAAUUGUUGUUUAAACCAUUUACAAAAUGCAUCCGGCCAAUGGGCCGGGUUCAAAUCUAGUAUACACAAUAACGAAAACAAAGCUAGCCACAUGCUAAACCUACCAUAAUAAUUAAGCAAAUAAUGUAUCACAACUACUGCUAGACAAGUUUGGAAGAACUCCAUCCACAUAUCAAACUAAACUCACAAUUAUGUAAUGGUUGUAUGGUUGUAUAAAAUAUAAAUAGCCUCAAAUGGAGGCAUUGUAAGAGAUAAGCGAGCUAGAGCUAAUAGCAUACGAUGAGAGCUCUUUGUAAAGGUAACAAUUGCCUAUUUGUGUGAGGGAUAAAUAAAUAUUAGAGUGAAAU